AUGUCGAAUUUGUCAAAGCUUGAGUUUGUGGCACUUGACAUUUCUGGAAAGAAUUACCUAUCAUGGGUUCUCGAUGUUGAGAUUCACUUAGCCGCUAAAGGUCUUGGUAACACCAAUACUCAGGGUAAUGAGGCAUCAAACCAAGACAAAGCGAAGUCCAUGAUUUUCCUUCGUCAUCAUUUGGAUGAAGGUUUGAAGGUUGAAUAUUUGACAGUGAAAGAUCCACUUGAAUUGUGGACUGGCCUGAAGGAAAGGUAUGACCACCUUAGGGCUACAGUAUUGCCAAGGGCUCGAUAUGAGCGGAUGCACCUACGUUUGCAAGAUUGUAAGACCCAGCAAUACCGUGAAAGGGGUUUUAAAAAGUAUUCUGAAUUGAUCUCAUGCCUUCUGGUGGCUGAGCAACAUAAUACCCUUUUGCUGAAAAAUCAUGAAGCCCGUCCCACAGGGUCAGCUCCGCUUCCUGAAGCGAAUAUGGCAGCUAGACGUGAUAAGUCUGGAAAAAGGCAGAAUAAUAAUCAUGUCCAUAUGAAUGUACGUGGGCAUGGCAAUGGUAAGAGACGGUAUAAUAGUCGUCAUCGUGGUGGUCAUGGCAAACGAGAGAACAAUAUGGAUUCUCAAAACAAUCCUUCAAGAGGCAAAAACGGUAACUGCCACCGCUGUGGCAUGAAAGGUCAUUGGAAAAUUGAAUGCCGUGCACCUGAGCAUUUUGUCAGGCUUUAUCAGAACUCCAUCAAAAGAAAGGCAAAUAAUGUUGGAGCAUCUUCUGCUAAUGCCCCAGUGGAGUCUCACUUGACUUUUAAAAAUGAUUUUGAGGCAGGGCCUUCAAACAAAAAAUGA